GAGGUAUUUUGGGGGGGCAGAUACCCGCAUAUUUGCUGUGAGUAAAUCUUAAUCGACAGACUCAGCGUGAGAUAGCAGGUGUGCUAAAAACGUGGAGCUCGACAGCUACAACAUACAAUUCCCCGGAGCUAACAUUGCAGUAGUCAUCCUUGUGUCAAGACACCAUGACUGACAGGAAGGCUGUGAUCAAGAAUGCUGACAUGUCCGAGGACAUGCAGCAGGACGCCGUGGACUGUGCCACACAAGCAAUGGAGAAGUACAACAUCGAGAAGGACAUCGCUGCCUACAUCAAAAAGGAGUUUGACAAGAAGUACAACCCCACAUGGCACUGUAUCGUGGGCAGAAACUUCGGCAGCUACGUCACUCACGAGACAAAGCACUUCAUCUACUUCUACUUGGGCCAAGUGGCCAUCCUCCUCUUCAAGUCGGGCUGAAGGCUUGCUCUGGGGCGCAGUGGGACAGGGUGGUGGGAGGGUCAAGAAAAAGAUAAGACCCGUCCACCUCUCCGUCACCCCCACCCCUACCUGGACUCGCUGACGCACUCGGUGGCUGAUGCUCUAUCCACCCACUUCAGAUAUCAAACGAAACGGCAUCUCAUCGUGCUGCUGGCUGUGCACAAUUGCAUGGACUGCAAACCAUCCUUAAAUGUGUAUUUGUUGCGGUGGGAAUUGCUUUUUUCAAUUUAGAUGCCAGUAUAAGAGAAUGGGGAAGUUUAAAACUUUUUCUUUUUUCUUUUCAUUUUCUUAUUUCGUUGUUUAAUGGUCUCUGAAACAAAACAAAACAAAAAAAAAAUACAAGUUUGUUAGCACUGCAGUUGUAAAAAUGCUUUAAGUGGCCUUUUUGAUUAUGGAGAGUCACUUACAAAAAAAAUAAAGAAGAGCUAGACUUCAAGAAUUAAUGAAUGUGUUUGUACAUUUCAGCUUUUCUUUUUCUAAGGAUGUAUUUGCUUUAAGUAUGUAGUGCUGCCACGUAAAAUGGUUCCCACCACGAUGUGUGUUCUGCCUGGUCUGUUGGUAUAAAGAUAGGAACUAGGAAGGGAUCAAGCACAUAAAUUGUGUAUUACACAUUACCCAGGCCAUAGUCCAUCAAGUCACCUCUACAAGUUGGUUGCUAUGAAUAGUUUGCAUUCAAGUCUAUUUUGUUACGAUAAUUCUCGAAAUUUUGUCCGUUUCAAGUUUGUUCUGUAGUUGGCAGUGAGGAGGAGUAGGAGUGGAUGGCAAGAAAAACGACCUGCUGUGUCUCAAGUGUGCUUUUGGGAGUUGGGCAUGUUUUUGAUUGCUGGUGCUCACAGAAAGAAUGUGCAGAUUUUUGGGGAGGUGGAUUGUGGAGAUGGCUAGCAGAAUAGCGUUUGUGUGUGCCAAGGAUUAAUCUCCCCCGUCUCAUGAUGUUCAUGCUUUACACCUGCGAGUGGAAUGUUGGUUUUUUUUUCCCUGUAUGAUCUUUUUUGCAGUAUCUGUGUCUAGGGGUAUCUCUGUUGUGUUAGAACGCACACCCCCACCCCUUUAAUGUUCAAAGGAGUUCAGGGCGUGGAUGCUUUAGGCUCUUCUGGUGUACAAAUGCCUCUCUUGGGCCUGUUUCGUCACCCCCUCUGCAUCUCUGCCCACUGCAUCUAGGCCCACCACGUUGGAUAGCGAUGCCUUCUGAAGCCGAUCUGUGACAGACCCGUUUCAGACAGCAGCUGUCUGGCCUGUUUAUAUUUUUAUUUUCUUUUUUAUUCUUUAUCCUUUGCGUUCUGUAACCCUUUAAUGAGUACCUGUAUGGUUUUGCACAUUACACAUUGCUCCCCUCCGUAGAGGUGUGUGGCUACUUGCACUUCAUGUUGAGAUGUACCCUGUUGCUCAGGUGCAACCCAUUCCAAAAAGGAAACGCAUAGAGACGAGUCUUGUCACAUUCAUUAAAAAGGUGUGAUGAA